AGGUAGCUAGGUGGCUGUACAAACACAUCAUUCACCAGCGCACAUGGCGCUUUAACUCGACUGAAGGGAAGCGACAAUUAUUUUUAAAGUCUGCUUUAUGAGCACCGUGUCUUUCAGAGAUAGUUCCCCGCUUAAAACUACCCGUGUUACUAUCUGGGAUAACCAGUUAGCCGUCUCUAUUGAUCCCGAUUUUCCGCUGUUUUUAUAGAUUAUUUAUUUAUUUGUUUUCUUUCCACUGGGUUGUCGGCGCGAGAUCCUCCGCUUAACCUGCGUAUUGAGCGGAGCAGGACUUGGGAAAGUCUUGUUUUAGAAUUCACGCAUCUUCAAUCCGACGCUUUAUUCUGGAUUCAUUCAUUUGAAGUAAACCUCCUGUUGCGCGAUGGGGCGCUGAGAAAGGAUAGAUUUUUUAAACGCAAAGUGGAGUCUUGCGACUGUGGUCAUCUGUGGACUUUGAGGAAGAUCUGAAAUAGUGAUUAGGUCCCCCCGCCUCUUUGUCAGUGCGAGCCGGGCGUCUUCUGACCGCAAUUUGUUUCCAUGUUUUUAGGUUUGUGUGAUUUUGCUAAAAUGAAUCACCAACAGCGAAUGGCUGCCUUAGGGACAGACAAAGAACUAAGCGACUUAUUGGAUUUCAGCGCGAUGCGAAACAGCGAUUUGAAAAUGUUCCCAACACCAAUGAUGUUUUCUCCCCCGGUAAGCAGUGGAAAGAACGGACCGACCUCGCUCGGGAGUGGACAUUUCACAGGCUCAAACCUUGAGGAGAGGGCCAACUCAGGAUCUUGGGGAAACGGAAGCCGCGGCUCAAAGCAGAGUUACGUGGACAGCUCCCAGUACGCUCACAUGGCCAACCGGGACCUGGGAUCGCACGACAACAUCUCUCCCCCCUACGUCAACUCCAGACUAGCGGGUAAAUCGGACAGAGCAUCGUCAUACUCGUAUGGAAGAGACGCUAACCUCCAUGGCUGCCACCAGUUUGUGCAGGCGAACCUCAUGGGGGGAGAGAUGGGGAUGGUCAGCCCUGGCACCGUGUCCCCCACCAAGCCGGGCUCCCAGUACUACCAGCACUACGGCAGCAACCCUCGCCGGAGACCCCUGCACAGCGACUCCAUGGAGGUCCAGACGAAGAAAGUGCGAAAGGUUCCUCCUGGUCUGCCCUCCUCAGUGUACGCCCCAUCGGCGAGCACAGCGGACUACAACCGCGACUCACCGGGGUACCCCUCCUCUAAACCCCCCACUGGCUCUUUCCCCAGCUCCUUCUUUAUGCCAGACGGCCACCACAGUGCUGACCCAUGGAGCUCCUCCAGUGGCAUGAACCAGCCGGGCUACAGCGGCAUGCUGGCCAACUCCUCACACAGCUCCCAGGGAAGCAGCAGCUACUGCGGCCUGCACCCACACGACAGACUGAGCUACCCAUCCCACUCCUCGGCCGACAUCAACUCCAGUCUUCCGCCCAUGUCCAGUUUCCACCGCAGCGGCGGCACCAAUCACUACAGCGCCGCCUCCUGCUCCGCCACCACAAACGGCACAGACAGCAUCAUGGCUAACCGGGCGCCGAGUGGGGCCGCCAGCAGCUCUCAGACGGGUGACGCCCUUGGAAAGGCCCUGGCUUCGAUUUACUCUCCAGAUCACACAAACAACAGCUUCUCCUCCAACCCCUCCACUCCUGUCGGCUCCCCGCCCUCCCUCACAGCCCCCAGCUCAGCUGCCUGGUCCAGGAAUGGAGGCCAGGGUCCAUCUUCCCCCAACUACGAAGCUGCACCACUGCACUCUCUGGGUCCUUCUUCCCACCUGCAGCAGAGUCGUAUCGAGGACCGGCUGGAGCGACUGGAUGACGCCAUCCACGUGCUGCGGAGCCACGCAGUGGGCCAGUCUCCCAGCAUGCAGAGCGGCCACGGCGACAUGCACAACCUGAUCAGCAGCGCCCACAACGGGGCCAUGGGCGGCCUGGGCAGCGGCUACGGCACCGGACUGCUCUCCGCCAACCGCCACCCCCUCAUGGUGGGUGCCCACCGUGAGGAUGGCGUGGGUCUGCGGGGCAGCCAUCCGAUGCCAAACCAAGUGCCAGUCCCACAGCUGCCCGUCCAGUCAGCCACCUCGCCAGACCUGAACCAGCCAGACCCCUACAGAGCUCUGUCCAGCGGUCUGCAGGGCCAGAGCACCUCGUCUGUCAGCUCUGAGAUCAAGUCUGAGGACGAGGGCGAUGAGAACCUGCAGGACAGCAAGGGAGUGGAGCCCAAGAAGGAGGACCCGGACAACAAGGACCUGAAGGGCCUGGAGAGUAAUAACGAUGACGAGGACCUGACCCCGGAGCAGAAGAUUGAGCGUGAGCGCGAGCGUAGGAUGGCCAACAACGCGCGCGAGCGCCUGCGUGUGCGCGACAUCAACGAGGCCUUCAAGGAGCUGGGCCGCAUGGUGCAGCUGCACCUCAAGAGCGACAAGCCCCAGACCAAGCUCCUCAUACUGCAUCAGGCCGUGGCCGUCAUACUCAGCCUCGAGCAGCAAGUCAGAGAGAGGAACCUGAACCCGAAGGCGGCGUGCCUGAAGCGUCGCGAGGAGGAGAAGGUGUCGUCGGAUGGCGCUCCGCUCUCAUUGGCCGGUGCUCACCACAGCAUGGGCGACGCCUCCAACCCCAUGGGACCCCAAAUGUCCAAGCUGCCAGAGUUUAUCAAGGCCAUGACCGACCACUUCCUUUGACAACGUCACCUGAUUCCGACCGACCAAUCACAACCAACCCAUGAUUCUCAGCUCAGUAAUUCAGUCAACCAUCUUCGACCGACCGACCAACUAUUUUUAUGUUUUUUUGUUUGUUUGUUUUUUUCCUGACCUGUCUUAUGUCUUCUGUAGAAAUACCGGCAUAUGUACACUGGCAAAGGAAAAGAAGAGACACAAGAUCCGUUUUCCCUUUUACUGUUCUUUUCAGCAUUCCCGAUUUUAAAAGAAAAAAGGAAACAGACAUUUGAAAAAAAAAAAGUUACAAAAAAAAGAAAACAAGAUGAAAAAAAGAGAGAGAAUAUGUGUGAAACAUCAAAUGGGGGAACGCCUCAAGCAUAUCAUUGAUGAUGUUGUACCGACGUUUUUUGCAGGGCUGACGACUUUGUUUUGAGCAGCCCUGGGACUGAACGGCAAUCUACUCCACUCUGUGGAACCUGGAGUCGUGCCUGACUUCCUAAUGGACGUCAAAACUAAACGGAAAAAAAAUACAAGAAAGAAAAAUAACAAAAAAAAACUGAAUGAACGAAUCAAGUCAAUCAAUCACGCUGGUCUUGAGGGGGCGGGGACAGCACGAGGGGGAGGGGUUCCAACUAAAAAGGGAUGACAAUAUCUGAUUAUAAAAAAUAUUAAUAAUUUGAAGAAAGAAUAAUCUGUUGAAUUACCCGCAAUAAUGACAAAAAAGUGUACUUCUAAAUUCAGGCAGAUGAAUUGAACGGGACAGUGGAAAAAGGCAAACUACCGUACAUCGUGGUGUAGCAGGAGAGAAAAAGGUGAGGAAGAGGAGGAGGAUGAAGAUGAGAGGAAACAGCUGCCCCUGUACAGUGACUCCUUAGCCAGCUCACUUAUACAUGCAUGCGCACCCGCGCAGAAACACACGCACACACACUCUCACACACACACACACACACCAUGCACACUCCAUUGCUCACACCACAUCCACUGAGCAAGAGCUUGAGACUUAAGUAAGGACAGGGGGAGACCAUCAUUGCAUCUGUUUUCUGACAGUUCCAGAACUUUCCAAUGGAGCUAGAGAAAGGUAAAAGAAAGAGAGAGAAAGGACCGAGGAGAGCAAAAGAAGGAAGUUUGAGAAUAGAACGAGGAGGCGAUUCUUGAACAGUAAGUGUGCAAUGAAAUGGCAGGCAGGAGAGAUCUAGGAUAGGAACUCGAUGGGGUUCAUCUCUCACAUCCCUCUGCUUUCUUCGUCAACUUACAGUAUUCGUUUAGUUUGGUUUCCGUCUUGUUUCUCUCCUCUGGCCUGGUCUAGCCAGCUGCUCACUAAGCUUACCCCCCACUGCUCUCCUCUGUCUCCUUUGAGCCCCUCAGUCACACCCCACCUGCCCCCCAAAACCAACCGACCCCCCCAGAGAUGCAACUUUUUGACAUGCUACACUUCUACCAAUGUGCCUUUUUAGAGUCCAUAUCAUCACACAAGCGUGAGGAAGGAGGACCUUAUUGGGACUUUUUAGGAUGCAAGCUUAGGGAAACAAAACUAAACGUUUUAUUAGGUCAUUAGGUCUAUGCAGUCAGGUUUUUUACAGCCUGGGAUUUAAAAAAAGUUAAAAAGGAGAAAAAAAAAAGUAUUUUUUGGAUAAACUGUAUUUAAUGUACUGUAAUGCUUAUAUGUAAUUAGAAGGCGUGUCCCUGAAGAACAACCUGUUUUUGUUUUGUUUUGGGUUUUUUUCGAGUGAGUUGUGCCUCUCCCACUGGCUCCGCCCAUUGUCCCCCUAUCCCCUUUUUAGCCCCUCCCCCAAUCUACAACCCAACCCCUCCCCCGAAGCAGCUGAAUUUGUUUCCAUACUAGUAAGCGACACGUCUGUUAUUGAGCGUUGUAUUAUAGCUAUUCGCUUUUUAUCAAUAUGGGCUUGUCCGUGAGCCGCUGUAGUCUUCAGUACAAAUGUGUGGUUGUAUGUGUAAAAAAAACAUGAAUUUUUUUCUCUUUUUUAAAAAAACAAACUUUCUCUUAUUCUUUGUCUGUUCUGGUUUCUCUGUCGGGGAAGAGAGAGAAAAGAGAGAGAGCGCGAGAGAGAGGGAAAAGGAGACCACAUGUUUUUUUUGCUGUAGCAUCAGCAUCGUCAGCAGCGACUCUCCCUCUGUGCUUUUUGCUUAUCCAAUCAACAAGAGGCACUGAAACUGGAAGAAGAAAAAUCUAUUAGAGAAAAAAAAAUCAUUAUAUAUAAAUGUAGAAAUAUAUACAAUAUAUUAAAAAAACGAAAGUGUCGAUUUUUCAAGAGGAGAGAGAUUGUCUGUCUGUUGGGGGAUGACUUAUUUUUUUCUCUAAAAAAAAAAAUCAUCUUUGGGGCAGAGCUAUUGAAGAAGCACUCCAGUGUUAAUAAAACUUUCUCUCUGAGAGGUGAGGAUGACGUGUGAUGGCUGGAGAUCGCCCGUGUCAUCGGUGACUUGUGCGACAUACAAUAAGCAGAACUUAUAGGGACCCGGAGAUAUCCAUCCGCACCACUCCACUGCUAAAAAAAAAAAAGAAACUCAGCUGUCAAAACGGACACACUGACAUUUGUAAAUUGUAUGCAACAAAUGCAAACCUACCAUAAUUUUGAAAAAUUGUGUAUGUAAAAGUUAUAUUUUUACAUGUAGACUGUUGUUAUUUUGUGUUUAGAACUAUGUUGUAUCAGUUCCUUCUUUUUUUUGCUUUUUGUUUUUCUUCUUUUGUUAAAAUAUGACAAAAGUAAAUUCAGUGUGUUUAAAAAAAAUGUGUCACAUUGAAAAAUGUAGUGAGGUCAAAAUGCUUCAAAAAUCUUCUUUUUCUAUUCUGUGUUCUGUUUAUAUUGUAUUUUUGGGAACAUUUGUUUGAGGGACUCUGGGAAUGGACAAUGAAAAAGGUAUAUAGUAUUUGUUUCAUGCUCCAUAGUCAUUACAUUGCCAUCUUUAAUUGUAUUUUUGGAUAUAAAAAAACAAAUGUAAAUAGUCAUAACAGGCGAUGGGAGGGGAUUGAGUCGAGGGGGUAUUUCUUUCUGACAGCAGAGCGAAGGGGACGUAGGGGUGGGGGGAUGGGGGGAUAGGCUGGUAGCGAAAUGAAGCGUUUCUCUAGCCGAACACCAUCUGUUGGUCCAAGGCAGGUGCCAAACACAAACACAAACACACAUCCAGCAUCCAGUGGUGGGUGUCCGUUCCAGCCCCUCGACUCCUUGCUCCUAAAAAGCACUUGCCGCUGUCACGGAGUCGGUCCAAGGCCUCUGAUUCAGCGUUAUACAUUACGGCAGUCUGACUGAAGCGGCCGCCAGGCCUCCGACACGACCCUUGCAGACUAACAGAAUUAGCCUUCUGUUUAUAUCACAGCCAAGCGUUAAGACAAGACGACUCUUAAGUCUCUGAAAAUGAGAGCGCGAAGAAGGCCUAAGUUGCGAUUUUAGACAGUAUUUAGACCUGUACCAGACCAGAGUCUGAGGUGGGGCCAUGUCAUUGCAGGGCUUUAUAUAGCAGAUGAGUGGACAGCUUAGGCAGCAUGCUUUCGCUUUCUCUUUUGUUAUGGUUUGUUUUUAUGUUUCCUGACAUAUGCAUUAGAAUUCCCAUAGUGCUAAGCACUUAACGCCAGGCAUUGCUUGUCUCAUUUUGCCACUCUUUUUCGUUUGUUUUUUAUUAUCAUUAUUAUUAUUUCCCCCCUCUUUGUUACUGCCAGGAUGAAGGCCAAAACACAUUUCAUUUUUGUUGAACGUUUUAAUUUUACUUCUUUGUUACAUUCGGUUAUGUCAGUAUUUUUUGCAUUUGAAAGCAGUUUUGUCAUGAUGUUGUGCUUCUGCAGUUGUCUUCAGCUGCUUGUUUGGGUAUGACAGCAGGUUAGUGUCUUGGUCUCCAGAUGAGGGUCCCCUUAAUUGUAAAUCUUGUCAUAGGUAAUAUCUAGAGAACACAGUACAUUGUCCCACAAACAGACAGCAAAAAUAUAGCUGAUAUUUGGUAAAUUAUCAAUGUGUUUUUUUUCCAGUGCUUAAAAAAAAGAAAUGGGGAAACAAUGCAUUUUAUAAGAAGCAGUUGUGUGUCAAUUUUGUUUCUCUUUUCUGUUCAUUUGUUUUUUUUUGCAAGAAGUGCUAAUUUUUUGUAACUUGAAAAAAAUAAUAAUAAACUGAACAAUCAUUGGAGCCCAAUUGCUUUCCAGCUGUGGCUUCACUUAUUAUGACAAGUAUUUAAGAAUAAACAAAUAAAUCAAAGGGAAGAUUAGCAGGAUAUCCGUCACCCACUGCCAACCAUUAACAACAACAAAAAAUCUCUUCUGACCUCCUUUUCUCAGUGUCAUUAAACUCUAUGAAAAACUUCAUCACACACUCUGAAUGGAGAAUAAUGAUUCGCUCAAAAGUUUGUAUUAUCAUUAUUAUUUUAGAUUACCAGUGUAUAAUUUGAAUGAUUGUCUUACAGUAGACAGAGACAAAAUAAGCACUGAAUGCACACAUACACACACACAAACAUGCGCAAUGACAGUAAAUGCUAAAGCACAUUCUCUGACUAAUUAAAAUUAAAACCCAGCUCCAUUUGUCUUCAGCCCUGCUGUCGUCAGCUGACACCUGUCAAUCAUGUUAAGUAUGCAAAUUGUAUAGUCUUCCUCUAUUGUUAACUCUUCUGUCGCCACUUCCUAUGAUUUCUAAUUAGCCUUUUCCAUGUGACGUCACACACCUUCAAUUCAAUGCAUUUGAAGCAGGAAUAGUAGCGUCCGUAGCGGCAUAGACAUACAUUUACAUCCCACUCUUUUCCAUGGAGGCCGGUGGUCGUUUUUUCCUGCCACGCUUAAAAUAAAACUAAUUUCCAUACUCACUGUGUGUAUUGGGAGACGAUAAGAAGAGAAGAACAACAAUCUCCCCUCUCCCCUUUUGGACACUCAGAUUUACACCAUGAACAAGCACAACAUAUCAACAGUAUAGAGCUGGCUUAGUAGAGGUUGAGCACUCGUCUUAAAACCUGAUGAUGAUGGUGGUGGUGAUGAUGAAGAAGAAUGGAGAUGAAGUGAGAGGCAGGAGACAACAUAUGAUCUGAGUCUGGUGAACCUUCUUCCCCCGAGAAGUAAUUCACUUCCAUCCCUCAGUAUGUUUCCAGCAGCCCGUCCUUUGUGCAGUGGUUUUAAAUAAACAAACAAAAGAACACAACCAUUUUCAGAGUAUUAUAGACAUCAUGUAAUAGUGAACAAAUAUAUGGACCGUGGCCUUUUUCCAUUCUUGUUGCUUGUGAUGCAAUUUAAGUGAAGAAAAAUAACAGUAAGCAGAGAAAUCACCCUGUAUCAGUGCCUGGCUUUUUGUUAUUAUUAUAAGUCUUCUUUUGUCUAGUGCCCUUUUGCUACGGAAUAGACUAGCCCACCCUACGCUAGAAAAAAAACAGGUUCAGACAAAGCAAGCUAUAUUUGAGGAAAACCAGUUCCAUUUGGCUUAUUUUUAACAAGGGGGCUAUCAUUUUAUACCAAUAAUUAUUAAAGUAAAAUCGAUGUAAAAUGGUAAUCAAAAUGUCAGAUUCUAAGAAAACAAAAUGGACAAAAACACUUCACUUUGUACAUUUUUGGACUCAUUACACAGCAAAAAAUGAAGUG